CGUUAUUGUUAUUAGAAUAAUUAGAUAAUUGCAUUUAAUUUAUAUUAAUUUAUAAAUAUUUUUUUUAAAUUCAUGUUACCGGUAUAAAUACAUAUUAGUAUUUAUACCAGUAAGUAUUCAUAUAAGUGGUAAAUACUUUAAGAGGAAUGCAAAAAAAUGUAAUUCAGACUGAAAAUGUAAUACGUGACAUUGAUACUAUUCAAGGAGCUUUAGAAACUGCUUUUACAACUUUAAUACCAAAAUGUAUAGAAUGGCCAAAGAUAACUUGUUCUAGCAGAACAGAUAUUGGUGUACAUAGUAUGUGUAAUUUAGCUCACAUUGAUAUAAAAAAUAAAUAUGACUCUAUUUAUUAUCCCAAUGAUACACUUAAAUAUGUGAAUCGAUAUUUUUUUGAUUGUCAUCAUAAUAUAAGAUUAUUAGAAUUUAUUCCAGUAAAAAAGACUUUUCAUGUAAGGAAAUUUAUACACUCUAGAACUUAUCUUUAUAGAUUUUCAAUAACUAAAAAUAAAGAUGAACAUAGAAUUCCUAUUACAGAAAUAAAUCGGUGUUUUCAUAUCAGAUCAGAUACUUUUGAUCUUGAAAGAAUAAAACGUGCAACACAACUUUUUAUAGGAACAAAAGAUUUUAGAACAUUCUCUGCAAAAAUUGUAGGUAAUAAACCAAUUAAUUAUGUACGAAAUUUGAAUAGUUUAACUAUAGAAAAAGGUUAUCCACUUAUGCCAAACGAUCCUUUAUCUCAAAACUUUGAAUAUUGGAAUAUUAUAUGUUCAUCAAGAGGUUUCUUAUAUAAGCAGGUUAGACGAAUUGUCGGUGCUUUAUUUGCUCUAGGUUCAGGUAAAAUAACAGAAAAAGAUAUAACUGUAAUGUUACAAGUUCCUGGUUGUCAUAAUUAUCUUUCUCAGAUAGAGACAGCUCCAGCUUAUGGUUUAUAUCUUAUGAAUGUAGAAUAUUGUCAUAAACAAUUAAAUGAAUAUGUUAUAAAAUAUAAAAUUUCUGAUGAUAAUAUAGUUAUACCAUUAGAUACAGAUGAAAUCUAAUAUAUAUUUUUAGAAAUUUAUGAAUACCAUUUGUGAUAGAUAAUAAACCUGAUUUACAGAUUGCACAAAUAAUACAAGGAUUAUUCCUAAGCUCACAAGAUCCAAUUAUAAACAAAGAAAUAUUACAAAAACAUAAAAUUCG